AUGUCAACCUGCAAUCCCGAUUACGAGAAUGCAUCCUGGUCUCUCUACCGAUACGCACCAUCGGCUCCAACGUCUGGAGUGUUCUGCAUCCUGUUCGGCCUCACAACCAUUUUGCAUCUGAUUCAGAUGUGCAAGACAAAGACUUGGUAUCUUGCUGCGCUUGUUGUUGGGGCAGCAUGUGAAUGCAUUGGCUAUGCCGCCCGCGUAGCAUCCGCCCUAGAAGAGCCAGGCUGUUGGAGUCUUGGGCCUUAUGUCGUCCAGUCUAUUCUGAUACUCAUCGCUCCCGCCUUUUUUGCAGCUUCCAUCUACAUGAUAUUGGGCAGGAUUAUUGUAUUGACUGAUGGGGAGUGUUACUCAGUUGUCAAGAGACGAUUACUCACACGAGUGUUUGUCGGUGGUGAUGUCUUAUCUCUGCUGACACAGUCCAAUGGAAGUGGUAUGAUGGCUAUCGGCGGCAGCCUCGUCGACAUUGGAGAAUACAUCGUCAUUGCCGGAUUGUCCAUUCAGCUCGCUUUCUUUGGAGCGUUUGUGGUUGUUGCCGCUAUUUUCCAGCAUCGGAUGCAUCGUCAGCCAACUCCAAAGUCGUUUGAUCCACAGAUUCGAUGGCGAAAAUAUCUUAUGACGCUUUACGUGACCAGCGGCCUCAUACUAGUUCGAAGUCUCUUUCGAGUGGCCGAGUAUAUAUCUGGAAACGAUGGUGUGCUUAUGAGAAGCGAAGCGUAUACAUUUGUUUUCGACUCGGUUUUGAUGUUGGUCGUUCUCGUUUGGCUGAACUGGUAUCAUCCUAGUGAGAUUGGUCUCUUGUUGAGGGGUGAACAAACAGUCGACAAUGGGUUGAAACUGGUGUCGCUCAAAAGGCGUCGAUCUGACACGGUGGAUACCUGCUCGUCCAACACACAACUGAAUCCGAGCACCUAUGCCAAAGUAUAA